AUGGAUCAUCACUGCCCGUGGUUGGCCACAUGCGUCGGACUCCGUAACUACAAGGCCUUCUUACUCUUUCUCAUGUACACUUCCACGUUUUGUUGGGUUUGCUUUGCCACAGCUGGCCUGUGGGUCUGGGAUGAACUGCUGAAUGAUGUUGCUUAUGCAAAUAACUUGAUGCCGGUCAACGUGGUUCUGCUUGCCGUGAUUGCCGGAAUUAUCGGAUUGGUGUUGACUGGCUUUACCGCCUGGCAUGUCAGUCUUGCCAUACGAAAUCUAACUACUAUCGAGUCACUAGAGAAUACACGAUAUCUUUCCCCGCUGCGCAAAGCCCUUGACCGUCAGCGAGUCGACCACACUGGGCAACCGCCGUCAGAUGGCAACUUCGGCCACCGACUGCAAGGCUAUGGACAACAAAUUAUCGAGGCGCACGCCAACGCGAUCCCCGGUGUGACCCGUGCAGAAGAAGGCGAAGAGCGACCCUCACCGGUCGCGGAAGCGCGGUCUGGUCAACAUCAAGAUUAUAUCUCAUUCCUACGGGAGUCAAAUACCGACGGUACUCCUGCCCAGAAAGCGUUGCACCGCUCAUAUGAAGACUUAGAGAGACAGCGAGAGCGUGAUCGAUAUGAAGAUUACCUGGAUUCCAGGGACAGCAAAAACAUCCCGAAUCCCUUUAACCACGGAUGGAAACAGAACCUGCGACACUUGUUCGGCGAAAAUCCGCUACUCUGGCUUCUUCCUGUCUGCACCACCUCCGGUGAUGGCUGGUACUGGGAGCCAAGCCCAGCCUUUCUCGAAGCAAGAGAUAGCAUUAGGCAAGACCGCGAGCGCGAAUGGGCUCAUUGGUUGGAGCAGCAACGCCGGCAAACACAUGAUCACUGGCUGAACGGCACAAAUUUGGCACAAACUGCGACCCGGUCUGUACCAUUACAGCACUCACCCAGAAGCGCACACAGCUAUUCAGGCGCAGGCUUUGAUCGGCCAAGCUCUGGGGUGUCGAUGAAAACGCUACGGCCAGAAUCGCCCCGCAUGCAUCAUGACGACUCGGAUGAUGACGACUACAGGUCGAGCUCGGAUGAAGAAGAUACGGCACGGAAUCAGAAACGAGGACAGAACAGUCAAGCCUCCAGGAGCAAAGCUGACCGAGUCCUUGGUAUCACGCGGGAUCAAUUUGUGAGCCAGAGUGAUGAAUGGCGCGACUGGGAUUAG